AAUGGCUGCAGUGAUUGCGCAGCACCGAGAGGUCGGUGAGGCAGCGGGUAGCCCGUAUUUUUUGAAGGCCUCUCCUCCCUGCAUGCAUAGAAACGAACACCAACCCUCCUGAAGCCGCCAUUGUAUUUAAGGGCAAACGGGGCGCUGCAGGCAGUGUAAGUUAGAAAGACACCAUAUUUGUUAAGCUGCAGAAAUGGCGCCUCAGUGUGGUCAAUGGCAACUGAAGCUAGGUCGUCGCCAUGUUUUCUGAAGGCAUCUUCCGGGUCCUUCACCCGAGUCCUUGUCUUUGUGCUUGCGGCUGUGGAGUAGCCACUAUGGAGCGGUACUAGCAUUCCUCCGGAGCUCUGCCAUCCCUAGCGGCGAUUCACUGCCCGCUUCGUUCCGUUCGCGUUGAGAGCGACCGUGACCAAGGGGCGCGGCAAGGGCGUGGCCUCCCGGGGACACUGAGGUCCGAAGCCGCAGGCUGGGGGAGCCAAGCCGCUACCCCGGCAGGAUCCCCGAUGGCGCCACCCCCGGCCUCUCUGCUGGUGCCGAUGCCGGGGGAGAUCUGGCCUGCCUUCCGGAAGCCUGAGCUCGUGAGCUUCGCGGAUGUGGCCGUGUACUUCUCCCCACAGGAGUGGGGGUGUCUGCGCCCCGCGCAGAGAGCCUUGUACCGGGAGGUGAUGUGCGAGACCUACGGCCUCCUGGGCGCGCUCGGGUUCCCGGGCCCCAAACCAGCCCUCAUCUCUUGGAUGGAACAGGAGAGUGAGGCUUGGAGUCCCGCCGCCCAGGAUCCUGAGGAGGGGGAAAGUCUGGGAGGAGCUCCAAGAGGAGACACUCCAAAGGAAACGGAGCAGAGCUCCAAGAAGGGAGUUGAGAGGCCAGCAGAGACUCCUGCUCAGUUGCCACCUACAGAGGUGGUUGAACACAAGACUUAUUCCAUGGCUACCAAGGCCUCUGCAGGGGCACAGGCACCUACCAAAGCUGCUCCCAACCAAAUAGUGGGUGUGCAGCUUCCUGUCCAGGUACCCGGCACAGAUUCACAGGCAAGGCAGCGGCGCCAUGUGUGUGUGGACUGUGGGCGCCGUUUCACCUACCCAUCUUUGCUGGUCAGCCACCGGCGCAUGCACUCAGGUGAGCGACCCUUUCCCUGUCCAGAGUGUGGCAUGCGCUUCAAGAGGAAGUUUGCGGUGGAAGCACACCAAUGGAUCCACCGUUCCUGCUCAGGGGGUCGCCGUGGCCGUAGGCCUGGGAUCCGGGCUGUGCCUGGAGCCCCAGUCCGAGGUGACCGUGACCCACCAGUGCUCUUUCGGCAUUAUCCGGACAUCUUUGAGGAGUGUGGGUGAGCUGAGCAAGCUGCCUCUCUAUCUGGAGCGGAGCACGAACUUGUCACUAAGAGCCAACUGAGUCAAGACGUGGGAGUUAAAAUGCAUCCCGU